GAGAGUGCAGCUCCGUCAUCCUCUUUGCAGAGAGAGAGAGAGAGAGAGAGAGCAGGAGGAGGGAGGGAGAGGGAGGAGUGUAAUCCAGCGACUGAGCGAAUGAGAGACGGGGAGAGUGGAGCAGCACAACAAUAGUGGGCUGCUCUUCUGGCUGUGGACUCACAGAGACAGAGCGAGCGCUCAGAGAGACACACUGACGCUCUGUGAAGCAGCUGCAGGAACAUUACAGCUGGCUUAUUAUACAGACACUUUUCUUUUCUUUUUUUACAGACACUUUUGUUUUUCACUGUCGCCGUCUGUGUGGGCGACCGGCCUUCACGAAAACCACAGAAUUUACUGAAUUCUGACGCCGGAGCAUUUUAGGAAUUCUUGUGGUCAUUGCAUGGGAUUUUUGGCUAUAGGUGGACUUGAGGAGUGUGUCAGCAGACAUUUUGGACUAGUUUUUUGUUGUAGUGUUCUCUGAGGGUCACUGCCUGGACACUGGAGCAGCUGUCCAGGUCAGAGUGGACUUGAACACAAGCAGGAGGUUUUUUUUUGUUACUUGGGAUUUUCACGCUCUCGGGCUCACCUUACACAGGAGGAGAACACCUCUGUGUGUUUUGUUUGGACUCUUUUUUUUUACAUUGUGUGGCGAAGCGGCUCGCUCCAUCCCUGAAGGAAGGAGCACCAGAACAUUUUUGUGUGUGUGUGUGUGUGGGGCAGAGUGUGUUCUGGGGGAUGCCUCUGGAUGUGGUGAUCGCCCCAGCGGAGGACUGUUUUUGGCCGGACCUGCAGGACACAGACAUGAGGCUGAAGAUCAGGGUCCGCCGGAUGAAGGAGGGGAGAGAGCUACGAGGAGGCUUUGCAGCUUUCUCCUCCUGUUUCCCCGGCCUGUGUGAAGGCAAACCUGCCACUGCUCUGCCUAUGAGCUUGUCCCAGCCCUGCUUGCCUGUGGCUAAUGUAGGGCCCACUCGUAUCCUGCCACACCUUUACCUGGGCUCACAGAAGGACGUCCUCAACAAGGAUCUGAUGGCCCAGAAUGGUAUCACCUAUGUGCUGAAUGCCAGCAACACCUGCCCCAAGCCAGACUUUAUCAGCGAGAGCCACUUUAUGCGCAUCCCAGUUAAUGACAACUACUGUGAGAAGUUGCUUCCCUGGCUGGACAAAACUAAUGAAUUCAUAGACAAAGCUAAGGUGUCAAACUGCAGAGUCAUUGUGCACUGCCUGGCUGGAAUCUCACGUUCAGCAACCAUCGCCAUUGCAUACAUCAUGAAGACAAUGGGCUUGUCAUCAGAUGAUGCCUACAGAUUUGUAAAGGAUCGAAGACCGUCCAUAUCCCCCAACUUCAACUUCCUCGGUCAGCUCCUGGAGUUUGAGAAGGGCCUGCGACUUCUGCAAGCUUUGACCUCUGAUGACAAGAUCUCUGACAGCAACACCAAGCAAAGCUCCGAGGUCAAUGGAGUCAACACAGGUUUCGAGAUGAACGGUCACCGCAGCAGCUAUGACUCAUCCGUGGCAGAGCCACACAUCCCAGCAGAGCCCAAGCUGCCAUCACCAACCUCCCUCCAGCAAGGCUUCAACGGCCUGCACCUCUCCGCGGAGAGAAUCAUGGACACUAACCGGCUUAAACGCUCCUUCUCCCUGGACAUUAAGUCAGUCUACUCCCCCAGCAGUCCAAACUGCCCCAGCAUGGCACCCACACACUCUGAAGACGUCCCCAAGCUGUGCAAGCUUGACAGCCCGGGAACAGGCACCUCCAAUGGUGUUUGCUCUCAGUCUCCCGUCCUAGACAGCCCCAGCUCCUCUGAUUCACCGUUCCCCUCGCCAGGCAGUGGGGGCAGCAUUGGAGGCUUGCGUGAAGGAGUCCAUCGGUCUGGUUCUUCCUCAUCCAGACCCAGGAGGAAACCCAAACACAGCUGCGGCAGCUCCCCGAUCCACUCCCACCCGCACCAACCUCCACAGUCCCUCAGCUUGUCGCUGGACAACAAGAGCCCCAGCCUGGAGGAGAACCUGAAGGGCUCCCUGCUCCUGUCACUACCCUCCCUGCCCACUGUGGGGUCUGGGGCCAUGUGGACCAAACACAGAGACACUGUCCAAGCUACCACUCCUGUCACUCCCGUCACCCCCACCACGGAUGCCCCCUGGCACUUUGGGGCGGAAGAGGGCGGUGAUGGAGGGAUGGAGCUGGGAGGAGGAGGGGUUGGACAGGAGGAGGAGUCAUCGGUGAGGUUUGGGAGCAGUUCUGCAUAUGUGGCAUUCGGCUGCAGCGAAGGUGUGCGGUUACGAGACAAAUCUCAGAGGGAGAAGCCCUCGGCGCCACAAACACAGAGAGACCACAGGGACUCCAUGUCGUCGUCCACGGUGAGCAACAGCGGGCCUGCGUCAGAGAAGCAGUUCAAGCGGCGCAGCUGUCAGAUGGAGUUCGAGGAGGGAAUCUCCGAGACUCGAUCACGGGAAGAACUGGGGAAGAUUGGUAAGCAGUCGAGCUUCUCUGGGAGCAUGGAGAUCAUCGAGGUAUCCUGACAGAUAAUGGACAUGACCAGAGCUGUCCUCUGAGGGCACAAAUGGACCUGGUUAGAGGGAGUACAAGAGGCGGACGGGGAGCAGAAAAUGCUUUUUUUUGUUUGUGCUCCCCUCAAAGACAGUGUUAAAGACUCCAAGUGAGAGAAGGACAAAUAGACACACAAACAAGAGAGUUAAUGUGAAAAUGUUAGCAAGCGGGCUAACAUUGGCACCAGGACAGACAGACCGAGCUUGUGAUGUGGUGCUUAGCAGACCAUAACCAUCCUGAACUCUCACACGGAUCUGAAGAAAAGUCUUGGGGGAAGGGUGGGGUACAGGGGGCGACUGUAGGUACUGAAACUCUUAAUUUUUUUCUGAGCUCUGUCACUGAUAAAAAGAAAAACGACCCAGGGCAAGUGUCAUGUUGCAUCCUUACUAUAUAGAAUAUCCCUAUUUUGACAGAGUUCGGACACAAACUGUUUGCCCGCGGUCAAAUGUAGUGUGCUUCAGUGGGUGUAUAGCCUUGUGAUUUGAACCAAGCCCUGUGUUUCCUACCCGAAGCUUCACCCCCGGUGUCAGAAAGCCUCAGAACCUCGCACGGCUACGUCCGCCCUCCCCUGCCCUAUCUGCCUUUCCCUUCCCUUCCCAUUGGCUCAUGCCUGCUACAGACUCUGCAUAACAACAACAUCAUCGACAAUAACAGACUCCUUUAACAGCACCGUCUCCUCUCACCAUCACCACAGCACAAGGCAGAGAGAUCCCAAGGACUUAAUCUAAUGGCGGUACUGUAUCCAAACAAUGAAGGAUCCUCAGCAUUUUGCAGCUGAAAAAAAACCCUGAAAAACUCUGAGUUGAAGACUCUUUAGCGACGGGCAGUGUUCCCCUCCCCCCUAAAGCACAGUGUGUCUUUCCUGACUUUGGCUCCCUUGUUUCCAGUGUUAACAGCGUGAUGGGACUGAGGUUUCGGGAUGGUGGCGAGGGUUCGCUUUAAACGACCCUUUUCGUCCUUUAUAGACCCCCUCAUCCCCCCGUCCCACUGCUCCCAGCCAACCACCUUAUGGUCACCACUGAGCAUGCACCAGAAAGGCUGACUACAGACAGACAAAUACUAUAUAUACAAUAUGAAUAUAUAUAGCAAUUUUAAUGGACUCCUAAUGGACUUCUUUUUGUUCAGUUAUAGUUUUAAUUUAUUGUAUUGGUUCAUUCUGGUAAUGAGAAAUAAUAUAAUGUUUUGUGGAUUUUAUUUCAUUUUUUUUCUUUUUGUUGAAUUAUUAUUAUUAUUAUUAUUAUUAUUAUUAUUAUUAUUUGCUGUAUGGUAUUUAUGAACACACACAAACAAAUACACACAUUCAACAAAAUCAAGCAAGCAAUAUGUGCUGUUCCUUCUUUUUUCUGGGGAGAGAGUGAUCUAUGACUUUUUGAAUGCACUUUUCUGCUUUCUGAUAACCGACUUCAGUUUCUCCUCACAGCCCGGCGACACGAUACUCCGAAUGCCAAAUCUUGAGAAUUGUGUGUACUAAUAUAGAGCCUCUGUGGGAUUUUUUUUUUUUUUUUUGCAUUUUGGACGAUGAUACAAACAUCCAAACUAGCGAGAGAUAUAAGAACAGGACCUCUUUUUUAGCUCAUCUGCAAGUCUGUUCAUGGAUUAUCACAAUCUAAGGUUCAAGUGUUAAAAAAAAGUUUGUUUUGUCUGAUUGAGGAAGGCAAAACAGACACACACACACACGCUCAGUGCGCUCAUAGACAGUAGAACAAUUUCUCGCCCGCUUCAUGAGGGCUUGCAUAACAACAACAAUAUGCAAACAGAUGCACACUCUUGCACAAGUCUGAAAUUUAUAGACUUGCACAGAGUUUCCUCUCCGAGCCAGCACCAGUCCAUCAACAUCAUCACGGCACACGUUCCACCAAAGCUGAAGCCAACACACACACACACACACACACAUACAUACACACACACCCUAUACUGUAUGCACUUACAUGUACUUUCACACAUUAAAGCAUAGGCCCUACACACACUCAAACACACACACCCUUUUGUUUAUUCUCAGGGGAUCUUUCAGUGAGCCAAGCCCAGCACAGGGUACACAGCUGCUGGUACAUCAGCACAAUGCAUGUCCGUAAAGCUCCCUCGCUUUUCUCUCGCUCAGUCUAUUUGUUUUGUUUUCUUAUUUCUUAUUUUCCAAAGCUUUGAUACAAACAGCAUAACACAACGGAAAGGAAAAAAAAAAAAGAAGAGGAUCUUCAUAUCUUGAGGUGACAGAAAUGAAAACUUUGCUCUCCUGGUGCGAGAUGGUUAUUUAUUUAUAAUGUAAAAUGUGUUUUUCUUUUUUUUUUCCUUUGACCCGUAAUUAGCUUCUUUUUUUUCUCUGGUGAUCUCUGACCUUUGACCUUUUGGGCUGCUGCAGCUACAGUAAGUUCAGAUAGAGUCCUAUGUUCCCCUCCGAGGCUCAAGCAACCUCCCCUCUCCUCGACCCUCCUCCCUAUAUUUUUAAGAAAAUGUUGUUAGAAUUAUUUAUGACAUGUAACAAAGAUGAUGCAGGCUGUCCCAUUUGCUAAAAUUGUUGUUAUCAAAUAUUAUUAUUAUUAUUAUUAUUAUUAUUAUUAUUAUCAUUAUGUUGUGUAAAUAGCAACGCAUCUAAGAACACUGAUGAAUCUAGAUGAGUUUUUAAAAGAAAAUCCUGAUACCUUAGGCUGCUUGACGCAAAAAUACCUCAGGUUCUAUUGAAAGGCUUUUCCUUCCCCUGUACAUGUUUUGUGAAAAUGAGACAAAAAUACAGACAUGACAAAAUACAA